AUGGAUAUCAAAGAACCCCAACAGCCUGCCCCUGCUGCUCAGCACUCUCAUGAGUGGUCUGGGACUGUUUCUCUCCUACUGAAACCUGUAAGGGAUCCUCGACCUCUCAAUAACCUCGCCUUCUCCGUCUCCCCCAUAUCUCAUCUACGAUCUAAUCUGACAUUUCUCCCUUCAGGUCUCGUCGGCUGGUGUGCACCAUGCUGCCUGUUCGGCAAAACCCAAUCACGGCUCCAAGAUCCCGCUCUGAAGGAGCACAGCUACGUCAACGGCGAUUGCUGCCUCUACGCACUCUCCGGCUACUGCGGCCUCUACUGGGUCCUGCUGAUGAUCAAACGAGGUGAACUCCGUGAACGGUUUGGGAUCCAGGGCUCCGCGUUCGAAGAUUGCUGGCAGUCCUAUUGCUGCCCGUGCUGCACGUUGGUGCAGAACGAGAAGGAGGUCGAGGCGCGGUCGAACAACCUUCAGGUCGGGUAUCAGGCUCCUUCGGAGAUGACUUAUCCUCAGUAA